AUGUCGGUCGCCAUCCCACCAUUGACGAGCGCGUCCAUCGCCUCGCCAUCACAAGAGACCGAUUUAUUCACAAGCGCAUCAGCUUCACCUGUCAUGUCGAGUCCGAGCACACAGGCGCAUGACUUGACGCUCCUCACCACCUUUGACUCAACCACAACAAACACCGCACAGCCUCAGCAGCACGACGUAAGUGCCGUGCAGGACAAGCUGGGCUUGUCUCAAUCUGCACCCCAACCAGCCGCGUCCGUCGAGGCAUCGACGUCAUCAAUUCACUCUGGCACCCCAGUCAUCCCGAAUGCUGCUUCAUCCAGCUUCACCAACAAUGCCGACCGCGCUUUCGCUUCGACGGCAGCACCGUUCCCCGUUUCAGUCGACCACACAGCAGUCCGUGCUGUUGAGCAUGGCGUCAGCCCUGUCAUCAACGCAUUCAGAUCCUCUUACCCACCCAGUCCUUCUUACUUCGUGACUGUCGUGCCACCAGAUGACUUGCGCAUGUCGCCAGACAUCAGCCAGCACGAACGCGAUCGUCUGCAACGCGGUUCGCUGUUGCCCCUCUACCCGACCCUUGGUGGUCAGCUGUGGGCCAUCUCGCGCGAAUUCGCCCUGCCCUCCCUUGGAGGUUUGAUGCUCUACUUGUCAGACGACGGCCAGGGCAAUCGAGGUCCGAAAAUAGGCGACGGGGCUUGGCAAGCGCUUUGGGCCAGGUACUUCAGCGAAGACGACGCCCCUUUCACAUCGGCUUUCAAGCCCCAGACUGCAUUCAACCAUAGCAGCCACGCGUCCGCCACCGCUGGAGGUGCAUUCGUCGAUCCGAACGCAUCUUCCAGCACACACGCCGCCGAUUUGUCCCGCUCGACGCUCGGCGAAGGUUCUUCUAUUCGACCUAGCAUUCCAUAUCGUUCAUCUCGGCCCUCGCUCAGAGCCGAUGCAUCCGGCUUUUCUCGUCACGACGCUCCGGCAGACUGGAGCCCGUCCGCACGCAGCGCUGGUUGGUCGGGUCAUGCCUCCUCGUCAGCAGGUCGAAUCGCUCUUCCUCUUGCCCCCUUCCCGCAGUUGCCCAUCCUUGCUCGUAUCGAGUGGCAGGUCGACCCCAACAGAGCUCCGUGGUGGCCCAGUUGGAUUGCCUCGCGCAGCGCAGCAGUGCGAGAGCGUCCUUCGCACAAGACCAGGAGAAGCAUGCAUUUGCCCAACAAUAUCUUAGCAUCCAAGCAGGAUGCGCUUGUAGCACACGAAGACGUCCGCGCUGACCACACGAAGCGCCAACAAGAGGAGCAGGAGGACAAGGCGCAGCUAGCAGACGACGAUGAUGACGAAAAGAGUCAGACUCUGUCUACGCAAGGGCUCCAGCCGCAUAUCCAACAGACUACCCUCGAGCAUGUCGAGACCACAGACUCAGAUCCGUUUGCGCCUCGAUCUUUAUCGCUCCUACAAAGCGUUGCAACAAGCCAAGCUCUCCCCGCGUUAUCUGGCACGAUUUAUCCCAAUACAUCAAUAGACGAGCAACAAGACUCACCACGCUCUGUUGCACAUUCCGCGUCAGCUCGAUCGGUGGAGACUGGCUUCCAGGCGCCGCCGUUUGUCGACGAGAGUGUCAUCAGCAACGGGGUGCGCGCAACGGGACCGGUCGCCGAGCUCGCUUCCGAGCGUGGAUCCCCCUCACCCUCGGACGGGCCACUUCGGUCGGAACGCGCAAGCAUCGUAUCAAUGAGCCCGCGCAGCUCGCGACGCUUGUCAUCCACUUUGCAUGCAUCCACAUCGACAGCGGAAAGAGACACUCAAGCUCUGGUCUCAUCCGCACCUUCCUUUGUGGCUCGAAGCGCAGCUCGAAGCGAUACAGCUUCACUGCAGUCACACCUCGAUGGCAACGCCGCGGUGCUCAGCCAUCACGAUGCAUGGGACCAGAGCCGCACUGGAUACACCGAGAUUCUCGAUGUCGACGAUGCCAACGAGCAAGAGACGGACGACAAUGAGGACCGAGAGCGCCUCUCCCCUGCCAACCACGGUGGCUACUCAGUGCUGCCGGACUCGACCACAUCCGAGACGCAACCGCUCGCAGAUCGUCCAUCUGCCUCUAGUCGCGACGAGCCCGCCUUCGCGCCCGAAGGAUUUCAGCUCCGCCACAGCUUCAUUGUCGAUGCUGGCGACGAGGCGAUGUGGCGCGAUUUGCACCAUCGCGACUACGAAAUGGACCAGAUCACCCCAGAGUCUCGCGAGGACAGUCACACGACGCCACCUGAGCAUCGCCGAGCCGACGGCGACGGUCGAGGACAAGAACAAUUCGCCCUUGAGCAGGAGAGCUCGCGCGGCUUCGAGCUGCCGAAGGCACCUGAGCAUGGUGACGUCGUUCACCAACAGUCUCAGCCUCCCGUACACAACUGGGCUUCCGCUGAGGGCGUACAGGCUCCUGAAGACCUGUUUCAUCAGCAGCACUUCGUCCAAGUCGACGAUUUCGCCCACGACGCCUACUACAGUCCGCAACGCUCUAACAUGGCCAGAAUACAGAGCUGGAUCGGCAAGACGCCCACCGGUCGACCCAACUCCUCUGGUGCUUUUGACGAUGUCGAAGCUUUCGACCAUCAAGCUCACGACGAUGACCUGCGGCUGCCGGCAGAGUCAGAGUUCGACGAAGUGGUCGGUCUCUGGGCCAGCAAGGUCCGUCAAGAUCCGUGGAGCAUCCCGCACAUCAGCGGUCCCAUUGCGGCCGUCAGCGGAGAGGAACAAACAGAGAUCAUUGGAGCACAAGAGGAGGCACGCGACGAAGAGGAGCAACACGAAGAGAAGCAGAAUCAAGCGGUUUGUCAGCGCAGCGGCGAGGCUGACAGCUUGGGCGCCAACACAGUACCGGCCGUCUCGCUCCUGAGUCCUAUCCACCUCGACGCUGCUGCCUUCGAUGGAGUGAGGCCCCAGCUAGGCAACCUGACCGUGCCUCUGUCACCGCAGCUGCUCAGCCCAACAGCGGUGGGCGACGCAAUCAACACGCCUCGAGCUUCGUCCGAACAUCGCUCCCUGUCUACCCCUCUCGUUCAGCCGCAUCCGCCUUCGUCACCUGCAUCGCUUGCACCUCCCCUCGACCGCAAGGCUAGCAUCGCCAGCCAUCGCAGCUCGGGCGAUCUCAGCGAUACCCUGCAAGAGAUGGAGAAAGCCCUCCAGCUCCUUAGUCCCAGCUGCUCGCCCAACCCAGCUCUUGGACACAGCCCGGAUCCCAUGGGACGCAAGUUGAGCAGCCGAGACAGUCUUGCGUAUGCACGCAGCCUCUCCGCUUCGGUGACGCCAAGUCCCAAGUGGAUUGCCCGCGCAAAAGCAGCGACCGCCAAGACUCGAACGCAUGCACGACGCACCUUUGCUGUGGGUGGAAGCCCCUUUGAUCUCGGCCAGGUCUCGCCGCGCCCCGCCAGCACGUCGGCUGUGUCAUCGUCUCGCACUCGCUCGCCCGGAUUCCGUGCACCUCUGAGCGCCUCGCGUCUGAUAGAGUUCGCACAGGUCGAAGCGGUGCCUCGCCAAGCUAAGACCGAAGGAGGCGAUGCCCAGUCGACUCGCUCUGCGCGCACGGGAAGCAAUCACUCGAACGAGCCCGAGCUCGAACCAGAGGCCGGGGGGUUGCCUGCCGCCGAUGCACAGACGUCGAAUCAUGUGUUGCCAUUGGGCUCCUCUGUGAACUCGGUUGCUGGUGAGAUGGGCCGGGUCGAUCCGACGUCCAGGAUUGCACCCUCGACAGCGGAGGACCAGGGGCCUGAGGUUGAACACGCUUCGAGUGAGCUUGCAAACGCAAAGGCUGCAACGGACGAGGUUGUUUCUUCGCCUCCCGCUGUGGCUCCGCCGUUGGUACCAUCCGCGCAGGAGGCUGUGGUCGACGCGGAAGAGAAUACCGAGGAGCUGUCUGCUUUCAUGACGGACGAUCACGAGGAUGGUAUAGCUUCCAUUCAGCGUUUCUUGCGUGGAAAAGUGGUGUCUGGCAUCGACUCGAACGUAUCGGUCUUGCCGGAUCUAUCCAUCUCCGGAUCAGGCCAACAUCCUGGGUCUAGCACUGCUGGCACCAUCAUUGAGAGGUCAGUCAGUCAGGACAGUGAUCUCCUUUCCGCUACAACACAACAUCACACUAGUGCUGUUCCCGAUGCGCCUGCUACCGUGCCAGACGAGCAGGCCGACAUCAAUCCGACGCAACCAGACGCACAGUCGGCCAAGGAGGAAACGACUUCAGACCCGCGAUGGAGUCAAGCCUCGUACGUCGCUGGCCAAUCCUCACCGCAUCACCCUUCGACAUCCUCAUUGCAAUCCGACAGUCCCAAGCGCGAUCUUCACCACGAAGCGCGCACACCCAGCUUUACAUAUGAUGCCCACCUCCGCACCGAGCCAACUACAGUGGACUCGCAGCUGAGCUGCGCCAGUGCCGAUGGCGAGGGGCUGUCGAUGGCAGGCGAGCUGGUCAAGUCGUACCUUUCGAGUUCGCCGUCGGACGAGUCGUUUUUCAUCUCGACUGGACCGAAUAAUGGGGCUUUGGGGCGAGGUGAAGAGGAGGAGAAGGAGCAGCAGCAGCAGCAGCAGCAGCAGCAACAACAACAACAGCGACAGCACCGGGAUUCGGUAAUGUUCGAGUAUGUGGAGCAAGCUGGCUCGGUGGGAGGUGCUAAUCAGCAUCUCACGAGGGAGGAGCCGAGCAAAGGGGAACAGGUCAUCGAGCAUCACGCGGCCUUUCCUCCAGAAGCGGCGAUCAUCGAACAGCACGCAACCAAUGGCAUGGCACCUGCCUCGGCUUACAGGUUCACCUCUUCGCCCCUCCAUGCUGACACGUUUUCGAUGACUCGACCGCUCGCUGGUACCCACGACGACACACUCGAUGAAGAAGAGAUUCGUACGAUGCAGGAGGACACGCGCGCUGCGGUUCGCGAAGCGCUUUCGCAAUCGACUGCGCUCCACGUCAACAUUGUGCCCGCUGUUGACCCUCUUUCGUCUUCAGCAGGAGGAGUGGGAGGAGCUGGCGGGGCGCACUCGCCCAAGAGCUCUGCGUCGCCAACCGCAUCCCCGCUUUCAAGCCAAUCGUCGCUCGGAGACCACUUUCGACGACGCGGCUCCGCAUCGAGCCUCAACCCGACCUCGACCGGCGGUGGCAGUGGAAGCAAUGCGUCGUCGCCCAAACGCAGACCAUCUCGACUCAACCUCGACAUUGAAGAGCUGAAUCGCUCUCCUCCCUCCGCAGCAGCCAGGAGACUGCCAUCGACCUCGCCGCGGUCGAGGUUUGGGCAGCUGCCUCCGAGCCCUUCGCUUCACCCAAGCUACAAGGCUUCUAUGUCGAGCCCACUGAGCCAGUCGUUUCCCGUGAUGGGAAUGGGCAGUCCGCAGGGCAAGACGUCCAUGCCUAGCUUGGCGAGUGUCACUUCGUUGGAGGGUGAUAGGAUGUAG